GAUUUUUACAACUUUCACCAGUGCCAAUGCUGCUGCAGCGUGUGAUUCAGGCUGUGAUUAUUUAUGAUUUAUAGAAUCAUUCGUCUUGUUCACUCUUAGUACAGCUUACUUUGAUAACAGUGCAUGAUAUCAGCAAAUGACUAGAAAAUCACAUCGAUUGGAGACACCAUUAUUGGGCUGAAGGAUAAAGUUUUGAGCAUCUGCAGAUUAAAACAGGCAGCCAGUACCCUUCUUCACUCCAGAUCCUUCAGUGACACUGGGGUGGUCAUCGGGUCUUCUUGUCUCAUAAAGCAACAGUGUUUGUAGAUCCUUAAACAAGAUGUCUUGUCCAUUUGGAGGUGGUGGCAACAGGGUACCUAAAGGAGGUACUGGGAAAGACGAUGAUAAGAAGCUCACAUACGGCAGCUAUCUUCAGCUUGACAAGCUGCUCUCCUGUGUGGAUCUUCAGAGUGCUGCAGUCUCCACACCAGUGCAUGAUGAGCACCUCUUCAUUGUAACCCAUCAGGCCUAUGAGCUGUGGUUCAAACAGAUCUUAUUUGAGGUGAAUUCUAUCAUCGAUCUACUGGGUCAAGUGCCUGUAGAUGAGAAGAAACAGCUUGUCAUGAUGAACAGACUGGAACGUAUCGUACAAAUUCUUAAGCUGCUGGUGGAUCAGAUCUACGUCCUGGAGACGAUGACUCCACUCUCCUUCUCAGAGUUCAGAGAUUAUCUAUCACCGGCGUCAGGCUUCCAAAGCUUCCAAUUCAGAUUAUUGGAGAAUAAACUGGGACUCAAACCGGGCAUGCGAGUGAGUUACCAACGCCAGAACUAUGCCAGCGUAUACAGCGAGGAGCUACAAGCAACGUUGAAGAAAUCCGAAGAGGACCCUACCUUAUUAAACGUUUUGGAGAGAUGGCUUGAGCGUUGUCCUGGUCUUGAGGAAGAUGGGUUCAACUUCUGGGAGAAAUACAACUACCAGGUCCGAGCAUACCUCAAUGAUCACCUGACUAGAGCUGAGGCUGCGGAGAGUGAAGCUCAGCGAGAUCAGAUUCUGAAUGAUCACAAGUCUGUCAAGGAAACAUUUGAUGUCAUAUUGGACACAGACAAAUACAAGGCAUUACUGGCCAGAGGUGAUGUACGCAUUUCCCACAAGGCCCUCCAGGGAGCGCUCUUGAUAUCCCAUUACCGAGAGGAAGUCCGCUUCCACCAACCGUUCCAAUUUAUGACAAGGCUCAUGGACAUAGAUUCUCUUCUUACAAAAUGGAGAUAUAACCAUGUGAUGAUGGUUCAGCGAAUGAUUGGUUCUAAACCAGGAUCAGGGGGCUCCUCUGGGUAUCACUACCUUCGAUCUACUGUCAGUGAUCGUUACAAGGUCUUCCUCGACCUCUUCAACCUCUCCAACUACCUCCUGCCCAGGAAUUACAUCCCUCCCCUCACGCCUGGCAUGAAGCGCACACUCUCCAUCCCCAACCUCAACACCAGCGUGGAUGGGAGCAUGUUCCGCAGGUUCCAAAUCGGCAGCCCUAACAGGGGAGGAGCAGGCCCUCUAUCAUCCAGUCCUGGCUCGCUGGGCCGGGGAAGCCUGCCUGGGACACCAGAGGAUGCCAUCUUUGAAGUACUGAGUUCAUCCGAUGGUGAUGAGGAGGAUGAUAGCGACCAGUCCCCACCGGCUAACGGUCAAAUUGUUUUCUCUGCAUGAAGCAUGUGAAUCUGCAGUUAUCCCUUGAAGCACAGACAAGCCACAUGAACGAACAUCUAUGAAUUUACGUGGAGAUAUAUAUUGUUAAAGACAGGUGACCUUUGUGAACAGGUUAUGAUAUAACUCUAUCUACAUUCAAGAUCAAUGGAAUAAUCAAUAUAAUAAUAAUAAUAAUAAUAAUAAUAAUAAUAAUAUUUCUGUUUAUAUAGCGCUUAAUAUAUCGGCAUUAUCCGAGUUUCUAUUAAAGCACUUUAUAGAUAUGUAAUUAUCCCGGUCAUCGUAUUCUUGCUUGCCCCCACACAAUGUAUGCACUUCCUCCACUCCCUGGGGAGCAUUCCAGCAAGAGCUACUAGGCUCAAAUUGCUAAGCAUACUACAUUGGCUUUCGCAUCCUACUGGGUACCCAUUUACCGCCUGGGUGGAGAGUGGCAAAUGUAGAUCAAUGUCUUGCCAAAGGACAUUAGUAAUAAUAA